AUGAUGCGAAAGGUAGGCUUGGUGCUGGUGGCAGGUGUGGUCGCCCUCGUUUCAGGCGAAAUCAGUCACCAUGUUAAGAGUUCUCUGCACCACCCAAUACAUCACCAUGCGGCUCCAAAACAGCAUGUAGCCCCUGUACACCAUGCUACUCCUGUACAUCACGCUACUCCUGUACACCAUGCUGCCCCUGUACAUCAUGCAGCCCCUGUACAUCAUGCUGCUCCUGUGCAUCAUGGAAAGGGAUAUGCUCCUGCUUACCCUGAUACGCCUCCACACUACGCCUUCGAGCACGCUGUCAACGACGACUACGCCGGCACCCACUUCGGCCACUCGGAGGCUCGCGACGGCUACAAGACGGAGGGCAAGUACUUCGUGCACCUCCCCGACGGCCGCGUCCAGACCGUCACUUACUACGCCGACGAGACUGGCUACCACCCCACCGUCUCGUACGAGGGGACGGCCCACUACGACGCCCACGCAGCCGUCGCUCACCACGCCCCUGCCAAGGCUUACCACGCCCCUGAACCAGCAUAUCACGCGGCUCCAAAACAUCAUGUAGCCCCUGUACACCAUGCCUCCCCAGUGCACCAUGCUGCCCCUGUACACCAUGCUGCCCCUGUAUACCAUGCUGCACCUGUACACCAUGCUGCCCCUGUACACCAUGCUACUCCUGUACAUCACGGAAAGGGAUAUGCUCCUGCUUACCCUGAUACGCCUCCACACUACGCCUUCGAGCACGCUGUCAACGACGACUACGCCGGCACCCACUUCGGCCACUCGGAGGCUCGCGACGGCUACAAGACGGAGGGCAAGUACUUCGUGCACCUCCCCGACGGCCGCGUCCAGACCGUCACUUACUACGCCGACGAGACUGGCUACCACCCCACCGUCUCGUACGAGGGGACGGCCCACUAUGACGCCCACGCAGCCGUCCCUCACCACGCCCCUGCCAAGGCUUACCACGCCCCUGAACCAGCAUACCACGCCCCUGCCAAGGCUCACCACGCCCCUGAGCCAACAUAUCACGCCCCAGUUGUACCCACCUACCAUGCCUAAGAUUACAUGAAUA